CAUAGUCUUAGGAGGCUUCCCAAGUCUGCUUACCUACUGUAAGAACAAGGAAACGAGACGUGGGCUUCUUACAGCGAUACAGUAAGUACCUACAAGCUUUCCUCCCUUUAUACUCAGACUGUCUGGAGGCUCGCAGAUCUGGUGAGAUAGGAGCUAUGCAAUGAGUAUGGAAUAUACAUAAAGCUAUACACUAAUGAUACUGAAGUUCUAAAUUAUAUUGUCUAUUUUGAUGAGACAGCUUUGGCUAAGCAAGAAGGCACUAAUAUGUUCUUUGAAAUGUGAAACCAAUCCGUUUGGAAAAAGAACUGUAGGUGAAAAACGUUUUAGAAUGGAUGUAGGCUACUUUAGCAAAAGGCUUCAUUCUCAGAAUAUCAAAUUUGGGUACUGAGAUCAACUAUUGAUUAAAGAAAAUGUAUCAAAGAUGGUUGAAUGAACUAUAAAUGUCAACCAGUUUGCAGUUGACUAAACCAGUAAGGAAAUGAAGGAGGUUGAUGUAACUUUAGAGCACCAUCUUGACAAGGCAUACUCAAAAAACGAACUAAAACUUCAGAGUUCUGAAUGGGUUGAGUAGACUGUGAAAGUUAGCUAUCAUGACCAGAACAUGAACUACAAAUAUAUUCUGUUUCAUACAGGUGGUUCUUAGCAGAGAGCAUAGCCAUGCGAUGUUUAUAAACAAAGUCUCUUUUCAUUGUAAUUUGAAGGUAUACUGUAUGACCAACAGUAACUAUCUAUAUAUUUCAGAGAAUGAAGUUAGUUGCAGUGUCUGCUCUGUGCCUGUGGGGGGUGCUGUGCCUCUGUGCCAGUGUGAAGGCCAUUGGGACUUUAGAGCUGAUGCGAGAUGCAGCAGGUAACAGAAAACCUCAUGACGGCUCAGUUUUUCUCUUUUAUUUUUGUAUGUUAUCCACCCCAAACAUAUCUUAACAAUCAAAUGUAAUGUCAAACUAUUGGUCCUGCUUCGACUCAUUUGACAACUUUUGACCCCUACUCUCUGCCCAUCUUCCCUCUACCUCCCCUCCCACCUUCCUCCCCUAUCCUCCCCCCUGUCCCCAGUGGGCUGGACUGGGGCCCUGCCCUGUGGGAAGUGGGACUGUGAGUGUGCCUUCAAGAGCCAGCCGGACUGCUGCUGUGGGGCCAAUGAGAUGAAUAUGCUGGAGGACCACACCUUCAUGCGCAUGGUGGACAUAUGGGAGCAGCUCACCCGAUUGGACAACGACAUCGAGGAAGUCACAGGUACUGGAAAAUACGUCUGUUUCCUAGUCAGAAUAAGUCAGGAACCAUGGUAGAAAGCUUGACAAAUCCCUAAUGUUCAAGUCCCAGGCUCCUAACUUCUUCUGUUCUCCUUCCCUCUGUCUGUGACUCAGGCAACAAUAAGAUUGCGUUCACCGCGGCGAUGAAACCUAGAAGCGACUGCUUCGGGCCCUUCACCAUCAACGUGCCCAUCCGCUACUACACCAUCUCUCUCAACCAGGGCAACGGAUACAAUGACGCUCUGGGUAGGACGCCACACUGCGCUGUCACGUCAUUUCCCCACAUACUUCCUGGAUAAAUAACAUAACACAACAUAAAACACACAUGCACAUACACACACUCACCCCCACACCCACCUACACUCACUCUCCAUCUCCCUGUGUGUCCUCUAUCCAGGUAUCUUCACCGCCCCCCGCGCCGGCCUCUACUCCUUCUCCUUCACGACCUACUCCAACGUGGGCGUGGACGGCGAGCGUCUCUACCACAAGGUGCAGCUGAUAAAGAACAACGAGGUGAUGGCCUCUGUGUGGGAGGACAACCGGGAGGACAUGGAGGACAGCGGCACCCAGUCGGUGCUGGUGUCUCUGCACCAGGGCGACCAGGUGUACGUGGAGCUGCUCUCCGGCAGGAGUCUGUGUGGCAACACCAAGGAGUUAAACAGGUUCAGCGGGUACCUGGUCUACCCCUUCACACAGGAGUAGAGAAGAGAGUCAUACACACAGGAACACACGUACAUGCAUGAAUAAACACACACACACAAACACAUACAUGCACGCACGCACACACACAUAAACAUACACACAUACAUGCGGACACAUACACACACAUACUGUGUAACAGAUCAACUCACUGACAUACUGAGAAUGACAAUACAAAUUUGAUGAAAUUAUACAAUUCUGACACUGUUAAUGGAAUCAGAUAUUCAAACAUUGAUCGACAUCAAAACGCAAAUGCAAUUCUACGAAGAGGCAGAGCCUCAAAUAAAUUAUGCAAUUACAAAGUUCCAAGUGUGUGUAUUGUGUGUGUGUCUGUGCACCAUAGUAACCAAUGAUAUUCCAUGUACAGUGAAAUUCAGUCAGUCUGCCUGUGAAAUAGUAUUGCAUUGAACAAAAUGAAAGCUGGUUUGUUACAUGAAGCAGGACAGGUGUCAUCUUGUGCUGUUUAUUGUUUUUUUAAAUUGUCCUUCACAGGUGUGGUCUGUCCAUAG